AUGAAGGAUAUGGGAGCUAGGCAGCUGAACAAUAGUGAAAAAUACUUAGGUCUACUAGUUAUGGUUGGAAGAUCGAAGUACAACUCUUUUAGAGUAAUAAAGGACAGAGUAUGGAAGAAGAUUAAUAACUGGAAAAAUCAGUUCUUAUCACCUUCAGGUAAGGAGGUGUUAUUGAAAGCUGUUAUACAAGCUAUACCAACCUACUACAUGUCAGUUUUUAAGCACCCAAAGAAUUUAUGUAAAGAGAUAGCGGCUCAGAUGGCAAAAUUCUGGUGGAGAUUCAAGAAAGAUGAUCAUAAAAUCCAUUGGAAGAGUUGGGCAAAAAUGGGGACAGCUAAGAGUGGUGGUGGAUUGGGGUUUAGAGAGAUUGAAAGUUUUAACAUGGCUUUAUUGGCAAAGCAAUGUUGGAGAGUACUGACUAAACCUCAAUCUAUGGCUGCUAUGGUUUUAAAAGAUAAGUACUUCAGGCACUUCACAAUAUUGGAUUCAAAUUUGGGGCACAGACCUUCUGUUAUGUGGAGGAGUCUAUGGGGGUCAUUGGAGUUAUUAAAAGAAGGGUUGGUGUGGAGAGUUGGGAAUGGAAGGCAGAUCAAUAUAUGA